AUGAACGGAUACCGAAGCGUACAUCUUUCCCCUCUCGUCGACCGCGACAUCGGUUACAUUCGACGAAUCGGAACGCUGAAACUUACCCGUCGGUGUGACAGACCACUUACAGCUGAGGCAUUUCGAGAGAAGGCAAGAGGUGUUUUUCGAGGACUGAUUAAAUUGGAUGUACACGAUUCAGAGCACGAUAGUCUCCCAGGCCCUGAGCAUUUUGACUUUGUCGGCAAGCGAUCUGUUAGAGCAAGUCAGGCGCGAUACCUCAAUCCUCGGCUCGUCAAUAGACAUGUGGCAGUAGGCAGAGACAGACUAAUACGUGAUACUGCUGACAGAAGCAGAGAGGAGGGGGGGCCAUAUGCACAGAGGCCCAAGCUCCAUAUCUCGAAAUGCUUCAGGGCGCAUGCUCCCGUCUCAAGUGACUUCACGGCAUUGGGCGGGUUGAGUCUCCGUGUUGCUGUCCGGUACUUUGGACAAGAUGAGAUGCCGAGAGAAAGAAGCAGACGAGAAUCUGGCAAGCCUCGCUCUCUGCCGUCUUACAAGCCGGUCCACAAAAGUCUUGAAUGCAGAAACUGUACGAUCGAUGGAGAAAGGUGGCUUUGCACAUUCGGGGCUCUGCUGAGGGAUUGUGCGGGGGAAGCGAAUGAGGCCCUUGAAGUUGCAUCAGUCCUUUCUCAAAUGGUUAGCUUUUCCUGCGCCCUCUUGCUGCAUGUCCAGCGAAGACGUAAGAAGAAUGGGUUGCCUGCUGGUCAGCUACUUGGAUGGCACCGCCGUGACAGGUAUGCUUUGCGUCCGAAAAUCUUUGGAGGGAUUGAGGGAAUGUGGACAGCAUCGGAAUCAAGCACAUUUAGACAACCUCCCGUGAUGAAGGGCGGAAAGAUGCAUGGACAAGGCAAGGAGCUCAAGGUUGUACAGUGUCCAAGUCACAAACGAAGAGACAAAAAGCGCGGUUCUCACACCGGAAAUAUCGGCUUCUCGAUGUACGAGGGAUGCCUUGCAUCCAAGGUCCCGCAGCGACGAGAGCCGUGUUGUUGCCGCAGUGGCAUUCGUCAGCAAGUGACUUCUUGUCCCGGGUCUCCGGUGUUUCCAGUUGCCCGCUCUCAAGUCUCGACUCUAUUCUACACGGGUUGUAAUAUCGAUGGAGAUGCAAACGAGCUGGCUGAACUUUGGAGUGGGUUUCGAAACGGACCGUCUUCUACAGACAGCUCUGACUCUUACACGAACCCUGUUUCUUACCAAUGA